UUCUCCUCUCUUCCUCUACUACCCUUCUGUUUUCCUUUCUUCUCUUCUCAAACCCUUGCUGCUUCUGCAUUCUCCAGUUUCCUCUCAGAUGAACCUUCAUGUUUUACAUUAAUGUCUCCAGUCCUGAGUGAGAUCCUUCGUUCCGGGUUUAUGAUAAAUUCUUCCCUAAGACGCAGGACCCACUUAGUUCAAUCUUUCUCAGUUAUCUUCCUCUAUUGGUUCUAUGUUUUCUCAUAAUUAACCCUAACACCACCUUCCCUUUCAUUAUAUAUAUCACUACGUACUAUUAACAAUCUUUUUCCUUUCUCUUCUAAAUCAAUGGCCUCAUCCACCGGAACCUCUUCCACUUCACCCUCUCAGGACGAUCUCCACCUUCUCAUGGAACUGAGAAGAAAGAAGAGAAAGCAAUCCAACCGUGACUCCGCCAGAAGAUCAAGGAUGCGAAAGCAGAAGCACUUCGAUGAUCUCACCGAACAGCUCCAGAGUCUCCAGAAGGAAAAUGACCUUAUCUCGAACCAACUCAACCUCACCACCCAACACUAUCUCAAGCUCCACGCUCACAACUCCAUUCUCGUAGCCCAGAAGACCGAGCUCGCUCAAACCCUUCACUCCUUCAAUCACAUCAUCAAACUCAUCAACGAUACAAACCAUUAUUAUCAUCACCGUAACGAUAACAAAACCAACAAUAAUUUCAUCAUUCCCAUGCACGCGCCCUUCCUUAAUCACCCCAUUGUCGCCACUGCAGACAACAUGUGUCUGUGGUGAACACUCUCAUAAAUUAAGGUUCUUCUCUUUUGUUGUGUCGGGGUUGGAUUCGUUGCUGGUGUUCUGGGGCGAGGCAAUGUUUUUUAUAUGAUAUAUUAUUAUAUUAUCAGAGUGUCGGAAGUGUUGAAAAUAUCAUAUGGUGGCAUUGGCAGUGUUCUGCUGUUAUGGGUUUGCUUUUUAUAAAUGAAAAAAUGGUACCAAAAGGUGUUUCUCUCA